AUGAAAAAAAUAUUAAUAAUCAUAUUAUUAACGAACUAUAUUUUCUGUCUAAAAGUUCUCUAACACAACUGUGUACAUAAUAAAAUUAAAUAAAUCUAUAAAUACGAAGCACUUGCUCCUUUAGAACCUGUAGAUGUCCGUAAUUUAGGAAACAUAUAACCGCGUAACAUGUUAAUAUCUUUUGAUAUGAAUUUUUUCUAAAGAUUAGCUCCUUCUCCUUAGACUAAAAUUUUAAUUGAGGCCUGCUCGAAAGCUAUGUAAUUGGCUGGUAAAUAUUUUUAUGAGUUAAUAAAAAUAAUCCCAAAAUCUGAAUAAAAUAUGAGAUAUAGAUAAUAUAAUCCAAAAUGCGGUGAAUAUCCUAUUCCUUAAAGCGACAAAGACAAAGGAAUUAAUUCUGAUUUACAUAUAUAUACAUAAUUUAAAAUUGAACCAGCUGAAACAUAUUUAGCCUAUGCCUCUUGGUGUUAAUUUUUAGAUGGUAUAGGGCCUACUCAUGGUUAAGUUAAUUUCAAUUUAGGAAUAUUAGGAACCAAAAAUAUGUAAGAUCCUGUUGAAUUUGAAGAUUUAAUGGAAAUAGUUAUCCAUGAAAUGACUCAUAUAUUAGGUUUUAGCAAUAAUGAUAUACCUAGAUGGGUAGAUUAAUAGGGACGUCCUUAUGCUAAACCUUCUAAUACAAUAAUUGCAAGAGGAACUCCUUUUUUAGUAGUGUAAACUCCUCACGUUUUGAACUAUGCUCGAAAAUAUUUCAAUUGUCCUAACUUAUUUGGUAUGCCUCUUGAAAAUAAUGGAGGUUAAGGUUCUGCAGGAUCUCAUUGGGAAACCACAGUCAUCCAAAAUGAAUACAUGAAUGCAGCUUAAUCACCAACAUAGGCCUAUUAUAGUCCUUUUACAACUAAUCUUUUAAGAGACACAGGAUUCUUUUAUGAAGUUAGCACUUCUAUGGAAGAAUAAACAUUCUAUGGACUAGGAGAAGGUUGUAAUCAUGUAUUUGGUACAUGUGAUUCAAGCAGAAAAGAAUAUUGUCGCCCUAGAAUCGACGAUGGAUAAUGUGAUUAUUACCAUCAUGGAUCUUCUACUUGUCAAGCUGGAAAAUAUAUGGAUCGUGGUUGUAUACUUUAAUUACUUAUUCUAAUUCAAAAUGCUGGGAUAUUAAAAGUAAUUUGA